UUUUGUCGAUAUACGGUGUUUUUUCAACUUUUCUGUCGUCUUACAAGCUGUCAACUUAUCAAACGAGAUAAUGAAGAAGACAUCCAACUUCUUUCCCGGAAAGACUAAGGUGUCUUUCAGGAAGGGUCCAUCAGGCCAUCUGCGGCAGGAUCCCUCUGACGAGGCCAUGCGGAUCAAAAAGAACCCUUCUCUUCAGGACAAGUCUCCCCCUCAGAGACAUGACCUUGUGAAGACCAAUGCUCUCACUGUGGUCUUUGAGCGGGGAGGGGAUGUGUCUGACCGACUGGAGGUGAUGGGGAAGUAUGUGCUGCAGUUUGGCAAGUACAAGGGUAAAUUGUUUAGGUGGCUCCUGGAAAACGAUGUUGGCUACACCGUCUACCUGAUGAAAAAGGUAGAGGAGGAGGAGAGAGAUGGUACCUUCAACCCUCAGGGACACAACAAGGACAGCCUGCUGUCAUUUCUGGACUAUGCCAGGAGCUUCCAGGAAAUUAGGGACCUCAGGGAGUAUCUAGCUUCCAGGCUGCCUGCACCACCAGUGGCAUCAGAGGGUGACAAUACUGUCGGCUUUGGAGCCAGGGCAAACGACACCUGGAGACAGAUCUGGGAGAGCAGGGCAGAUGGAUAUGCUGCCUUCAUCGUAGGAGUAAAGUGCAUCAAAAACAGCAAGAUGUACAACCUGCAGCAGUACAUCCUCAAGCAGCAGAGGGCUGAGUCUGGGGAGUCCUGCCCACCACCUGCAGGAGUCUCCACUACAUCAGCUGCCCCUACACCGCCUACAUCUAGCACUCUAGCGAUGGAGGAAGACGAGGAGUUGGAGAGUGGGAUGCUGAAUCUGUCUCCCUGUAAAUUUGCCACUGAACUAAGGCCAGCAGCAGCAGUCUCCAGAGCCCCGGCUGUGUCUCCACCAACAGGUUUUUCUCCAUCAGUGUAGAGGGAGGAUUCUGUUCUCAGCAGAGUCCUCCUGCUAUUACUGUUCUCCUUCAACUAGUUUGUUAUUUUGGCCGUGUUCAGGCCUGUUCUGAUGCUUGUGUUCUCUUACUCUCCCACUAACCUAAGGAAUUAACAUGUCAGCGAUAAUGGUAAGUGUUUUCUUUUUUUUUGCAUGCUUUU